GUCGCAUUUGGAGCAGAGUCAAGCAAAGAUCGUGUCGUCGCCUGGGUGUGUGAUUUCGCGAACGAAAAGUGAAAAAAAAACAGCUUAUAUAUAUGGAAUGAAAUUGGUUAAUUUGUGCACUAAACUGUCAGUGCCGAAAUUGGAAUAGGCGAGAAUUGGGUGCUUUGAGUGUUUGGAAGCAGUUUCAGUGAUUUCGCAGGAAGUGCAAAAGAAGAAAUGUAUCGAAUCGGUGGUGUUUGUCGUGGUGUGUGAGCCAAUUGAUUACUGGUAAGAGCGAGAGAAAAUUACUGCUGCUGAUUGGAAGUCCGCAAGAAGAAAGUCUGUCGUCAUCGCGGACGUUACGCGUUCCGUCUUUUAUAUUUUUCCCGUUCGACAGCCAAGUCAUUCGCGAAAAAGAGGACCAACGAGAGGUGGAUUCAAGGUGGUGUCGGAAGUGUCUGUCGCUUUAAGUUGGGAUUUUUGCAACGUGUAGUUCCAUCGGAAAGAAAGGGACAGCGGAAGCAAUCAGAGGAUCAAGUUUUAAAAGUGUAAAAUUGUUUUCACUCGAAAACGAACGGGAUAGUUGUUUUGCUCGAGAGUAAAAGGACUUGACGAAAUCUAUUUGCGGUUGAAUAACUAUUUCCCGUGGAUCACGGUUCGCGAUGGCAAACAAUAUUUACCGGGAGUGACAGCAACGGUAGUGCUACCGAACUGAUUCUGAGCUGUGAUUUCUCCGUGUCGAAAGAACCUAAGAGAAGAUGUCCUAGCAGGAUUAACCGGUGGCAGCGAGGGUGCACUGUAAAAAUUUUCCGUUUUUUAAAUGUCUUCUGCCAAGUCCUGGAACACUACGAUCGGACAGCUGGAGAGAAUCGACCCGAAAAAGUGCCAGGUUGCUUGAAAACUACAAGACGCGCGUCGUCUGGUUGCCGGGGAUUACUCAUCAUUCCGUGUGCGCGGUGUCUUUCUUCAAUGAUUUACAUCGACAGUUUGUGCUGUGUUGGACGGAGCAGAAUUGUUUCAUCAUCAUUGUGUGUUGUUUUAUUAAUUUUUCUUUUAGAUUGUGUGUAACGCAAGGGCGAACGAAUGGAAUUGUGCAGAGUGGUGUGUGGUAUGUUCACGGUUGUGUUUGAUUCCUGUUUCUUAGGAAAGAGAAAAAGUGAAUGAAUAGGUGAAACAACAAUAGCCAAUAACAAAAAAAGGCAGCGCGAUUUUUUCACGUUCUUUUUCCGGAUAAUGCCCUGAGAGUUUCGGAAAGUAGAAUACAUAAAGCGAAGCCCACAGUAUUCGAUCCUAAUUUUGGGCACAGAGAGAGUGGGAGAGAGUGUUUGCUCUUCCUUCGAUGUGUUUGAGAAGAACGAAGAGAAGAGUCCUGAAAAGUGUCACGAUAGUGCUGUUAUCUAUUUCACGUGUGUGUAUGUGCUAGGAGGAGUGAUAAGAGACGGGAUUGCUCGAAUCAUCGGCACUCGAGGGCAUAUGGAUUCGCAGCAGCAGCAGCCGCAGAGAUCUGCUUACGACAUGGAGACGCAGGAGUCUCGAUUUGCCAAACAGCGCGCCUCGGUCAGGUGGCUCCUGUCCAAGGCGUACAACAACCGGGUACCGGAGCAGCUCAAGGAUCCCUUCUAUCGGGACCACGAAGGGCUGGACCACCUCAAGCCACAGAUCGUCGUCGGGCUGGGCAACGCGUCGAUCUACUGCCAGGUGCUGAGUAACAUCUACUCCGACCCGAACUACCAGAGUCUGAACCACUGGUCAAUCCUGCAGACGCUGUCCCGGAAGGGUGUGCCACUGAACGAAUCUCCCGAUCUGCCCCUCACGGAGACCGUUCUGAUCCAAACGAACCCUCUUAGAAUUAAUGCCCACAUGACUGUGAUAGAAGCACUGAUGGUGUUAUACGCUAAAGAAGUCGCUUCCAGCGGAAGAAUUUCCAGCGCUUUAGAGAGAAUAUCUGGUCGCAGUGCAUCGCACCCCGUUCAGCAUCACGAAGCGGCCUUACUGAGUUGGAUUUCGUACGUCUGCAGCGCACUCAAGAGACGAAUCGACUACGAGUUGACCAACGGAGGAGGUGGUUCCAGCAGCGGGGGACCGGCUCUCGAUGAAUACGGUCAACGACUGCAGAGUCCGAACAUACCGCCGGUGCGAGAUUUUCGUGAGCUGUGUGAUGGUGUUUGCCUAGCUUAUCUAAUAUCCUACUAUUGUCCCAAACUAGUUCCUUGGUACAGUGUCACAUUCAAUCACGUACCUACCAUCGAGGAUUCUAUCCACAACAUCCUCAUAGUUAGUAAUUUCUCCGAGCGCAAUUUGCCAUACACCGUGUUCCACAUGACGCCAGAGGAUAUUACCUACAUGCGAGGGGCGAUGAAGCAAAAUCUGGUAGUCCUACUGGCCGAUCUGUUCAACCUGUUCGAGAUUCAUCCGGCCAAGUGUGUUUGCUAUCCCGGCAUGGAACAGCAGCAGGUAGCAGAAUCCGGAACUAACGAGCAUGGUAUUGCGCACCGACGCGGCUUCGCAACCCAGCCACCAGUGGUGGCUAUUCCCGAGCUGCGCUCCGGGCUCGAUUCGCCACCAGGCAGCGGUGGCAACGGCACCACUAGCAGCGGUAGCAGCGGUCACUCCAAUCGACCGCCCUUCCAAGUAACCCGUUCACCUUCUGCGAGUACUUUACGAAAGCAUGUCUCGACUCGGGAUAUGCAUGAGCCGCCGCCACAGUACCAGCAGCAUACACCGCAGCAUCCACAGCAGCAACAGCAGCCCCAGUAUCAGGACCCGGAUGACGGUUUCGUGGUGCACAGGAGCAAGGGAGUGCCAACGCUAUCCUCUAUGCAGGAACCACUAGUUCCGGCUCGAAUAAGACAGGCAAAAGAGAAAACCAACAACGACUCGAAAGCGGAAGAACGAGGCGAUAGUAUUCCUGCAGGUCGGCCCAGCAAUUGGGAGGAAAGUCGAAAGCCGAGUUUCUCAGGUCGUCGGUCACGGCGCAACUCUUUCAGCGAGGAUUCCCAGCUAACGAUCGAAAACUUCGGCGGCUCCCAGGACCAACUAAACACGGUCGGUCGCUUCGACCGGGAACGGAAGGUCUCGAACACUAGCCUCACGGCGGUGGAACCGGUGGCUCCUGCGCGUUCCUCGAUUGCCGACGCACGCGGCUCGAUUCAGCUUGGCUACGACACAGACUCUUCGGGUAAUGAGAAACAGGACCGAGACACCGAGAAACCCACCCCAGCGCUCCGUCGGCACAACAGUACCAAUAUACAUUCCAGCAGCGUUGAAAAAGACACAGCCGACGGGGAUAUGACUUCCCACUUUAGUAGUAGUGGCGUUGGUGGUGGCGGUGGUGGGGGAGGAGGAUUGGUGGUCGGUAGUGGGGGUCCAGUUAGCGUGCAGCAGGAGAUCGAACCUCGUAGGAAAACAUCUUUCGCAACACUGCCCAGCAGCAACACGACAACGUGGCAGCAGCAAGCGACAAGCGUUCGUAAGAUGGAAGAUGUCGAUGACACUCAGCCGGGACAUGAGGAUGCUAGUAAGAUUUCCACGAUUAAACUCAAACUGGAGGAAAAGCGACGACUGAUUGAACAGGAAAAACGCCGGAUAGAGUCCGCCUGGUCCAAGCAGCUGCAAACGGUUGGGAAACAAGCAUUUUUACAAGCUAUUAACAAGGGUAAGGGUAGCAGCGCGGCGGAGUCGUCGGACCCGGCUCCCAAAGAGCCCAAUGAGAUUAUGGUAGUGGAAGACACGGGGGGUGCUACGGUGGUAGACAAAGCGGAACGACCAUGUUCUCUAAAGGACUUGGAUGAUCAGAGUAAAUACGAAUCAAAGUGGAAUGCACAAAUCAUCGAGCCCAAGAAAACGCCAGAUUUGGAGAACAUGGACUUGGAACAGUAUCAACAAAGUAUUACAAAAAUGAACUCCAACUUGCACGAUAUCCAGGCCGACAUCCAACGCCUCACUCAGCAGCAGAACCAAAUUCAGGCACAAACGCUUCAGGCCCAACAGCUACUGCAUGCUCAACAGAUCGCCAAUCUCCUCAACCAGCAAUAUGGUUCGCAGCAAAAUAUCCAACAAAGCAUGCAUGGUACGUAUCGUCCCAUCAACACUCAGCUGUUCGGUUCUAGUCCUCAUUUGCCGCAACAAGCUCCACCACCCCUGCUGCAACAGCUACCACAGCAGCAACAAUCUCCCAUCAAUUAUGGGACCCGACCACCCAGUCGAGAUCCGUAUCUCACCCAGCAGCAGCAACUUCACACGCUGCAAUAUGUCAACGAUCAGGGUCAAUACAUUCAGCAGACCCAGCAACCGUAUCCCAACAAUAGUCACAUGGGAUUCGAAAAUGGCGGGGGUCAGUAUCGAAAGGAGAGCCAGUAUGCCUCGAAUCCAUACCUGAAUAUCGAUCAGCAGCAACAGCAACAGCAGCAGCAGCAAUUCUACCAGGAUUCGAACCACUACCGGGAUCCUUACUUGCCACAAGAGAUAAACGAACCAGUUAUCCAACAACAGCAUCAGCACCAACAGCAACAGCAGCACAAUCAAUUCUUCCUGCACGAUAGUAGCAGUUCUCCACCACAGCCAGCCCAGCGCCGUACCUGGGCACAGUCUGCCGCGGCCGCAGCCACGCAGCGUGGCGGUGGCGCCGGUGAUAUCGCGCUAGACAUUAACGCCUGGAAUCAAGGCAUCAAGAGUUCGCCGUACAAUAAAUCCCCUAGUCAAAGCGGCUUCUCGCUGCAUCACAACGGCGACUCUGGUGGCGACAACUACGGUGUCAACAACAGCAGUAGUCGACAACACGGCGGAAGUCAACAAUCAUUCCAAAAUCUGUUCGAGGUCCAUCGGGGCUCGUCGAGCAGUCCCCAGCACAACCGCGUACGGAACCAAAUCUCCCAGAUGAUUAGCCACGGCAGUAGUAGCAACUCGUCACCCAUCGCUGAGAACCGUAGCCAUCAUGAAAGUUUUCGGGACAUUCGGGCUAUGCCACUGUCGCCUCCGAUCGACGACAUGGCGCCGCAGAGUAUUUCCUUUAUCGGCGACGAAGACACCGGAGAUAUCGAGGUGAACACAUCGAAGGGUGGCGCGAGUCUCACGAUGCGGCAACAGCAGCAGCAUCAGCACCAGCACCAGCAACAGCUCGAACAGUUGUACGGUAGUAGUAAACCGAGCGGCAAGUUGCAGAACAACAACAAUAACAACAACAUCCAAGACCUGGACAAACAUCUUAGCAAACUGAACAUCACGAGUGGCAAUCGUACUUACAGGAUUCCGUCGCCAACGAGGCCAUCGCUGAACUCGAACAGUUUCCACGACCCGCAGCAAGACGAUGUGAACGAGAAAGGGUUCUACAUCUCGUUCGAUAACGAGCAACCAAAGCGGCCAAAACCUCCACUCCGGACGAAGCGUUCUCCGAAGAAAGACAAACUGGGUGGCGGAACCGAUGCGGAUCACAACGAGAGAAACAAAGAAUCCGAAAAAUCCAGUCAUAGAGAAAACAAUCAAAACAAUUUCGGCACCUUCAGCGUGAAGACGGCGAACAGUUUCUCGGCCAAUUUCAACGAGGAGCAAAUGGUCGGUCGCAGGAGUAUUAUCGACAGCGCUUCGUCACCGUUCGAGACGGCUGCCGGAAGUGCCGGGAGCCACCGGCCUAACAUUCACAGCAACAGCAGCAUCAACAACAACAACGGCGGCGGUAGCAGCAUGGCAGGCACGCUGGAACGCGAUACGGUCGAAAGGAGACACCUGGAGGACGUGACCAAUCAUACCAAUAGCGGCAGCGGGGCCCACAAUAAUAACAGUAUCCAUCAUCAUUACAAUAAUAACGGGGGCGAUGGGUACGGUAGCGAGACCGAGAACCAGCGGAAGGCGAAACUGGUGAUAGGAACCGAUGUGUCCAACCUGGAUCCGAACUCCGUGGACGAGAUGGAACGGAAAAAGGAGAAAAUCAUGUUGCUUUCGCUCCAGCGACGGCAGCAGGCGGAAGAGGCGAAAGCUCGUAAAGAAAUCGAAUCGAUGCAGCGAAGGGAGAAGGAACGCGAGAAGGAAGAGGAGCGAGCUCGGAAAAAGGAGGAGCAAUUUGCCAGACGACAGGCCAUACUUGAAGCGCACAAACUUAAAAAGGCCAUCGAAGAAGCAGAGAGAGAAGGUAAGACCAUUGAUCGAGAGCUACAGAUCAAAUACCAACAGCACCAAGCCCAGCUGCACCCGUCAGCGCAGAUGCACCAAACGACCACACCGGCGGCCAAAAUGCGACCUCAGAAACUCAGCCGACCAAGGCCCAAAACGAUACACGUCGAGACGGGUUCGGUUGAUUUGAGCGAAACCUCCAGUCUUAGCAGCCGAGGCAAAAAGGGCUCCAAUUCUAAUUUGACUGGGAUUGGCCUGCACAGUUCAAACUCUAUGCGACGAGAUUACUACCGAGGAUCACAGGAUUCACUAGCGAUAAGAGAAUCACCGGAUGAUUAUCCAAGUAGCAGUUCAACGCCGAUUGGUCGACGCGGCUCGUACAAAACUGGAAGAGAACCAGCGACGAUCGAACGAGGUCGUACCUUAUCACGUAUCUCGCUAGCGAAAGGUGCCAAUUUCCGGGGACGUAAAUCCAAUUCCCUGAUGAAUUUAUGCGAUUCCGAUUCCGGCCUGGGACGCGCGACGCCACCGAGACGCGCUCCGUCACCCGGCAUGGGACCCUCGAGUCGCCAUCUACCGUCGCCGUCGGGCCCGGGCUCGCUGCCACCGGGGCUGAUCACGAAACGUCGCGGUUUCGAUGAUGGAUCCAGCGACAUUUCAACCGCCAGCUCCAUGAUGGAUUACAAUGGCCCGAAGCUUUACAAACAACCAGCGACCAAAUCAAACCGGGGCAUUAUCCUGAAUGCCGUCGAGUACUGUGUCUUCCCGGGUGCCGUCAAUCGCGAGGCCAAACAGAAGGUGCUGGAAAAGAUCGCCCGAUCCGAGGCGAAACACUUCCUGGUGUUGUUCCGUGACGCAGGCUGCCAGUUCCGGGCGUUGUACGGCUACUGGCCGGAAAACGAGCAAAUCAUCAAGCUGUACGGCACCGGUCCGAGCCAGGUGGAUGACGUGAUGUUCGAUAAGUUCUUCAAAUACAACUCCGGCGGCAAGUGCUUUGCCCAAGUACACACGAAACACCUCACCGUGACGAUCGACGCCUUCACGAUACACAACUCGCUGUGGCAGGGUAAGAAAGCGAACCUGCCCAGCAAAAAGGACAUGGCAUUAGUGAUUUGAAGUGGUGGCAGCUAUCGUCGUCGAUUGCACUAACCUCCUCCUCCCUCCACCUACUUCUAUUCAUUUGUGACACACACUCACACGUUCGGUUCCCGAUGACUUGCUACGACGGGGUCUACCUUUUAAGGAUUUGAGCUUUCGCUUUCGACUUAUAACUACUAUUCAUACCGUUCCGCGUGUCUCAACGUGUCAAAGCGAAAAAAAAGGCAGAACUAAAAACAAAUGAUAACACACUAACCAACAACCGUGGAAGGGAACAGUAUUUUCCUCAAUGUUUUAUGAUGUUAAUCAAUGCUAUAACACCCUAGUUCAGCAGAUGAACGGGAAGUUGUCACACCUUUCGGGUCAGUAUCAUGAAUGAUAUCUGCGUGUGUGGAUAGAACAAUUUGUGUUGGGAGCAAGAAGAAUUGAUGAAAAUUCAUGUCUAUGUAACAAAAAACUACAAAACAACAAACGUGAAUGAAUGUUUUUUGAUAUUUUGUUUUUCGUUUGUAGUUUAAAAUUUGCUGCAAGCCACAGUCAAAAUUGGAAAUUAUCUCUUGUUCAGUAAAUGAAUUAGUUCCAGCAGCAAUUUGCAUGCUCUUAAAAAAUCAGAUUGAACCUGUAAAUAACUAUACAUAUUGAUUAGCUAGCGCUCUCUUCUUUACAAGGAAAAGUAAUGUUUAUGUUAUUCAUGUAAACAGCAGUAGGGCAGCCUAAGGCAAAUCUCGUUUACAUUACUACAACACACAUAAAAAUCAUUUCACUCAA